GUGUUACGUUUUAAAUAAACACAAAAACUUAAAUAAUAUCAGAAUUACACGUAAUCCUUCGUAAUCAUGAUGAAGUGAUAUCUGCAGCUAAUUUGGCUAUAAUAAUAGAGCAUAUUAAUUUCCUUUUCCUCUGAUGUUAUAUUUAGUUAUAGUUCAAAUAAUUGCCGUAAAAAUUUGCCUAAAUUGGCAUUUCCUUAAAAUGGUCAAAUUGUCACAAGUGUCAAAUUGAAGACUUGUUUUGGUGCUUUUGUUGUUAGGCAUUAAUGUGAAAGAAAUUUAUACUUUUAACAAAUAUUCAAUGUUGUCAUAUUAAAUGUAAUGUUACCCAGACUAUUUAAAACAGAGGCUGACCUUCGUAAACAUCAGAUUAACACAUUAAAAAUAUUUAAUGACAAUGUUGUAGAAAUUACAGAAGGAGAGGAGUAUGAAAUUUCUUUUAAUUCUGGUGUAAAUAAACUUUGUUUAAAGAUUACGUUAAGUAAAGAGUUCCCUAAAGAAAAACCAAUACUGAAGAUUGUCCCCGAGGUUGUCCACCAUUGGGUUGGCAGUGAUGGUCAAAUAAAAUCAGCACCUGGUCUCUUAAAUUUUACUGUUCAUUCCGAUUUAGGCAGGGUUGUCCAAGCUAUUAUUAGAGAAUUUCAACGAACACCCCCACCUUUAGUUUCAAAUCAUUCCUCUAAUAUAGUAUCUCCCACUUUAGAUAGUGAGAAACGUACUAGUCCAAUAAAUUUUCAUUCUUCAUUUUCCACUAUCAAAAGUUUUUCUCCACCUCCACACAUGCCUCAACCAAGCUUUGUGCACCAAACUGUCCCAUUCCCCGAGCUGGCUAAUAUGUCACUAGAAGAAUUACAACUCCUUAAUGAGAAUAUUGACAUGCAAGAUGAUUUUGUGAAUGAGUUACCACAAAUUAAGGAACAAAAUAAACAUCUGGAUGACGUCAUUGUACAGGUCGAAGAAUUAGCAGAAGCUAAUCUGUCCAAGCAAAAUAAGUUAAACGAACUUAAAAGCAACAUUGACUCCAAGAUAGAACACGUUACAAAACUUGCCUUUGAAAAUGGAAGACUGCAUGCGAUAUAUCAAAAUUUCUCCGACAAAUUUUCACCUAGGAAUAUUAAGGAGCAGUUGAGGCUAGGGGCUGAAAAAGCGGAUUUAGAUUGUGAGAAAAUAGCAGACCGCUUUUUAAACGGAGAAAUAGAUGUAGAUAGGUUUGUAAAUGAUUUUAUUAAAACCAAAGCUUUGUGUCAGACUCGGAAAACGAAGGAAGAAAAAUUGUCAUAUCAAUUGGAUAAGUUGGAUAGGGCUGGAUUUUAACUCUUAGCUGUGCAAUGACUUUUAGCAUAUUUGUAUUGUGUAAUUGUGAUAGUUUUUUUUUUAAGUAAUAAAGUU